AUGACGGCAAGACUAUCAAGCAGGGAGGAAUUACUUACAAGGUUCAUUGUUUCAAACGUGGCAAGGACUUCACUAGCUACAAGACGACUGAACAUGGAUUCACCGAUUGUAUGGAUGUCUGCUCCAACGAUUCGCAGUGUAAAGCUGUUCAUUACCUUAUCAAUUUUCCCAACCCUGUACGAUGCUCAUUAUGCUGGGGAAUUUGCAUUGAUCACUGGUGGUGGCCAAAAUAACGAUAACAACAAUCGUCUCCGGCUGGACGUUGCCCGUGACAUUGGCAGCCAUGGACAUGCCGAUCGAGAAGUGAACACUCUGCCCGCUAUCCGAAAUAAUUGGCGCAUGUUUUUUUCUUACUGUAGAUUCUAG